AUAGAAACCAAACAUCCUUUUUAUUUUAUUUUUCUCCUCUCACUUGAACUCUCACACCAGCCCUCGCGCGUAUAUAUCUUGGACCUCCUUUCCCUCAUUUCACAUUUUUUUUUUCUUCUUUCUUUUUCAUUUCUCAUUCCAUCUAUCACGCUUUGAUAUCUUUUCUCUCUCACUCUUCACGUCAACUUCAUCUUACGUUACCACCUACCAACUAUCUACCACUACCUUACACGAAUUCCCUUUUUAUCACAAAUAUCCACAUUCACCAUGUCUAGCACCACCGCACCCGUUAUUGACGUUCCCGUCGCCACCCACGAGAAGGAGGCUGUUGAGGCCCCCGCUCCCGCUGUCGAGGCAAAGCAGGAAGAGACUGCUGCUGCUACCGAGCCUACUGUUGAGGCCGCUGUCGAGUCCUCUGAUGCUCCUGUCGAGAAUGCUGAGGAGACUACCCCCGCCGUCGUUGUUGAGGAGGCUGCUGAGACCGCUGCCACCCCUGCUACUGAAGAUGCUCCUGCUGCCAGCCCUUCCAAGGAGAAGAAGAAGUCUUGGAUUGCAAAGUUGACCAACAACUUCAAGAAGUUGGCUGAGAAGAAGCCCAAGGCUGCCUCCCCUACUUCCUCCAACGUUUCUGAGGAGGCCGCUGCUGCCGAUGCUGCAGAGACCUCUGCUGAAGCUCCCGCUGCUGAGGCUCCUGCUUCAGAUGCUGCUGCAGAGCCCGCUGCAACCGCCGAGGAGGUCACUCCUGCUCCCGCUACUGAGGAGACCCCCGUUACCGUUACUAUUGAAGAGCCUCAACAGGAGGCUGCCCCUGAGGAAAAGCCCGCUGCUGAAGAGAAGCAGGAGGAGAAGCCCGCUGUUGAGCACCUUGCUGCCCCCACCUUGGGCUCCAAGUUGAGCAAGCGCCUCUCUCUCGGAUUCUUCAAGAGCAAGAAGGAGAAGAAGGAGAAGAAGGAGGAGGAGAAGACCGUUGCUCCUGUCCAGGAGGUCGCUGCUGAGAGCGAGACUGCCGAGGCUGAGGCCGAGGCCCCUGCUGCUAAGGAAGACAAGGCAGAGACCACUGAGACCGCUGAGGCCCCCGCUGCUGAAGCCGUUGAGCCUGCUACCACCGAGGUCACUACUGAGAAGCCAGUUGAGAAGCCAGCUGAGCAGCUCCCUGCCAUUGCUGCCCACUAAGUGAAGACAUAGCAGAAAGAACAAAAAAAAAAAAAAAAAAAAAAAGAAAAAGAAAA